CAUUAUUUACAUUCUUAUUUUCCCGGCCGCGGUUUUAAUCAAUCAAUACAACCUGCAAUGCAUCAACCCGCGGACGCUGCGCGCGCAUUAAACGCGACCGCGAUCGCGAUGUUUUGUUUAGUACUUACAAUUCUACCAACAUACCGAACCUAACUAGGUUACCUAUUUAAAUUGAGUAUGACCUAACCCUUACGAACAUUGAAUACAAGCGCGUUCCAGCGCUCUCAUAUAAUAUGUUUUUGGAACAUGUGUUUGUCUCUGCUACUCAUAUGAAAAUUGUAUCUUGCUUUCUCCUUUUUUAUUUCAUGCUAGAAUUGACACAAACCUCUUCAGUAUACAUUCCAAACAAAAUUCAACAUGGCUUUACUUGAAGCUACUUCUAGUUAAUGGCAGCGAGCGAAUAAUUUUACUGACUUUUUUGCAUCAAUAAAUUACUUCUAGUCGGUGUAAUUUACUGUAAAAAUUCCAUUUUAUCUCAAGUUUCAAACUAGUUUAACCGGGUUUAUUUAAAAUCUGUCGAUUCUGUGUAAUUACACAUCGUUUUAUCGUUCUUGCUAGGCGCAGGUGAGGUGAUAAAAGAUAUCAGUUGUAAAUUAAAGAUGAAUUAAACAAUUGUUGCUGGGAAUUUCUCCACCGAUAAACGGAUAAUUUUACUAUUGGUUUUAAGUCAAUAAUGAGGAGUACACAAUGAAGGAGAUGGUAGGAGGCUGCUGCGUGUGCUCAGACGAGCGGGGUUGGCCCGACAACCCGCUUGUCUACUGUGACGGAAAUGGCUGCACUGUUGCAGUUCAUCAAGCAUGCUACGGUAUUGUCACAGUGCCAACAGGUCCAUGGUUUUGUCGGAAAUGUGAAAGUCCAGAAACGAAAAAUAAAGUUCGCUGCGAGUUAUGCCCGUCUAAGUCUGGGGCUUUGAAGAGGUCAGACACUGGCGGGUGGGCUCACGUGGUGUGUGCGCUGUACAUCCCCGAGGUCAGAUUCGGCAAUGUGACGUCUAUGGAACCUAUUGUCCUGCGCUUGAUUCCACCAGAGAGAUAUAAUAAGACGUGUUACAUCUGCCAAGAUUUGGGUAAGACACACCGCGCGAAUGCCGGUGCUUGCAUGCAGUGCAACAAAUCAGGUUGCAAACAGCAGUUCCACGUGACCUGUGCACAAGGCUUAGGCCUCCUUUGUGAGGAAGCUGGCAAUUAUUUGGACAAUGUAAAGUACUGCGGCUACUGCCAGCACCACUACAGUAAACUGUUCACCAAUCAUGAUGUCACCAUCAUCGCCAAGAAAAAGGGCGGUAACGUAAAGACGAUCCCGCCAUACAAGCCGGUGUCGCACGAUAGUCAGUCGAGCGACUCGAGCUGCGAGAAGGAGGGCGAACCCUCAUGCUCGCCCAAGACUGGCGGCGGCGUGACACCGACACACGCUGGCAAGUCCAAAGGGCCGGGACGUAAGUCAUCGCAUACAACAAACACCGUGGUCUCAGGAAAGAGCACUCCAAACGCAUCAAAAACUCCGAAUCAAAACCAAAUAAUGGCAGAAAUGUCGCAAGAUAUCACAGAAUCGGGUCCGGUCACUCGAAAACACAAGGCUUCUGAGAAAAACAAGAAGAAACCGUCGCCGUCUCGCCGGGGCUCGUCUGCUGGAGACGGUGGUUCCAGCAGUAAGACCAGUACCCCGGCGCCGUCGCCGCAGCACACGACUGAGACUGCAGCAGCUCAACCCAAAGCGUCAGGCAGCUCUACGCCGGCAGUUCCGCCGAAGGUGACGCCCCCAGCGGCAUCACCCAGCGCCAACAAACCAGUAGAACCAGUGGGAGUCAUCAGCUCAGUAGCACAGGCAGUAGCCUCCGUGUCUACCAUCACUACCAAUCCGACUAGUGCUCCAGUGCCUGCAUCGGUGGUGCAGGUACCAACUUCAAAGCCGACAUACCAAGAAUCAGUGAUCACUAAUACAGAUUUAGUGGAGACAAAACAAACAAAGAAGAGGAAGGCAAUUGCAGCUGCUAAUAACAUGAACGCUCCAGUCGAUUAUACUAAUAACAGUACACCGCCUGUUGGGGCGGGUGAAGGCACUUCUCAACCCGGAGGAGUUUGGGAGGCCACACACGUGCCACCAGAUGUACCGCUGGAAAACGUUGACAAAAUUAUUAAGAAGGCUAAGACGGAAGGUCUAGAAGCGAUUCCAGUGCCGACGUCUCACUUCGCGAGCGUGAGUCCCGCGCCUCCGCCACCUCCUCCGCCACCGGCACAUAGCCCGGCCUCUAAUCCCAGUCCAAGGCACCUGCCUAGUCCAAUGCCGGGGCCGAGUGGAAUGAACCAAGUAUCAAACAUACGCUCGCCAUCUAACCCACAGGGCGGCAAGGGCGAUCGCGAGGGGCCUGCAUCGCUUCUCGUGUCGGUGCCGUUGCCCUCCACGAGCCACGGGCUCAACCUCACAGCGCACUCACAGGUACAAAAUGAAAUGCCAGGUCCUUCGCCGCAUAUUUUCCACCAGCCUCAAAAACAAGUCAGUACGCCUAUGGAUACUGGCAUGACAGGACAUUCACCACAUGCUAUGCCCGGGCGCUCCUGGGGAGGUCUUAACGUAGCAUAUGAGUUACAAGAUCCAAAUAAACCAGGUAUGAGUGGCAUGCCUGGUCCUAGUAAGCAGCCAGAUAUGGGCCCCGUGAACAUGGCUCCCAUGCCACCGACUACAGUGAGGACAAAGAAACGAGCCGCCAUGGCCACAUCGGUCGUCGCCAUGGCUAACACAGCUUCUGCUAUACAGACGAUGACAACGCAGACGUUGGCCAGCGUACGUCGCCAGCCACAGCCGACGCCGCCGCCGAUCUACUCGGAGACUAUCAAAGACUCGCCACCGAGCUCACCAAGCUCUGAAAGACCAUUGAAGCCUAAGAUGGAGUCCAAAACCUUCAUGUAUCCCAGGAUCGGAGCUUCUUGUACCGCCCCACACAUGCUAGGCAAUGAGCUUAACCCUGAGAGCGGAGCGGCCGCUUGCCUUCAGGAACAGUUAACCGCUGAACUAGCCGCCCAUGCCGCCGGUAGCGCAGGUGGAGAUACCCUCAUACCGCCGCCGCUUAUCAACAAAGCCGCGCCUGGCGGCAGUAUCAGUUCGGGACGAUCCUCGAGCGCUCAAAGCCUCGACCAGUUGUUGGAACGGCAGUGGGAACAAGGCUCACAGUUCCUCAUGGAACAAGCCCAACAUUUCGAUAUCGCAUCGCUGUUGUCUUGCCUGCACCAGCUGCGCACUGAGAAUGUUCGGUUGGAGGAACAUGUAGGCAGCCUGCUGCAGCGCCGAGACCAUCUGCUCGCGGUUAACGCUCGGCUCGCAAUCCCACUCACUACUGAAAUGGUACUAGGAGAGAGAUGUACGAAUUCAAGUGAUGUGCCAUUGCGUAGUGACGACUGGCCCGCCCGAGCCGAGCCGGUGCACGCGCGAAAAUGGCCCGCAGAUGAUGCAGGUGCGGCCGCCGCCGCCGCCAGUGCGCGCCGCCGAGACUAUCACCUCGGACCGCCCACACCAGCUUAUAAUGCGUGAGGUGCAGCAGAAGCCCAGCUGAAAGGAAGAGGGUGGCGGCGGAGGCGGCGGCGAUGCUGCCGUCCCGGGGCCGUCAUCGGCCAACCCGGCAGCGCUGCACACCGUUCAAACUUUCAUAAUGCUCGAGCAACGACGCAGGGUCGAUUUCUCCAUCGACUCCAUCCUCAAGUUGAACAACUAAAUCGUAGGCGCGCUCGCUUUUAGAAGCCACAUUGAACAUUACGUUGUUCUAGGACAAGGCUUCUACUGCAAGUAUAAAGUGCGUCUGCGUUGUUAGCUCGUGAAGGAGCAAUGUUGUUGCGCGGCUCCAACUCAAUGCCACCACCCGCUAUAAGGACUCAGCUCGACGCCCGUCGGCUUACGGACGAUCUAGUGUUCCAGCUCCGCGGAGCUGUAGUACACUACUAGAGUUAAAGUUCUUAAUGUUAAACUAGAUUAACGCACGGUGUGUGUUAUAUUUUUGGGCAGUUUCAGCGUUUAUACGUCGUGUCGAGGUUGAUAUCUUGAAUGCUGAUGGUCUACUACAAAAGUACGAAACCGAUGCUUAUAGUGUUAUGUAAAUUGUUUGCACAAUGUCUAUCGUAAAGUACUUUUUAAGAAUAAGUGUUCAAGUUUCACAUACGCUUUUGUAUGAUACGGUUUCUCGAGUUGCCAACUUUUUUUGCCCGAUUGUUAAGUGGCGUCCUGUUCGGACCAAAGUUGGUGACGUUCUGCUUUAUCUGUAGAAUACAUUGCGGUAUGUGCACGCCGCAGCUCUGGUUGGUACUUUGGUAUAGAUCUCAGGUCACGGCACCACCGACUGAGUAGAUUAUGCGAAGUGCGGUUUAUUCUAUAAGUGUUAUUGUAUAUUCGACUGGACUAAUAUCUUGAAUCUAUUUGAGUUGUCUGUUCUUUUGAACGACGCAUGCGAUUAAAUGUUUACUUAGAAUUAAGUACUAAAACUAUAUGUGUAUGUACCUAGGUAUGAAUAUAUAAUGAGGUAGAAAGUCACUUUCUACUAAUUAAAGAUUGAAAUUAAUGUUCCAAGGAGGAUUAUGUUCCUCCGCUUAAGUCCAAGAAUGAAAUUUGUUUACUGGGGAUACUGAACAUUUUGUAUAUGAUAUGAAUAAAGUAAUAGAUUAUGUAGCUCUGAAACGCGAAUAUUGAUGGAAUAUAUUGGAGACAUUGGCCUGGACGCGUUGGGAAUGAUUUCAAACGGGACUGUUACACAUAUUGAUGCAUGUUUAAAUUAUUUAUUAUAAAAUAGUUUAAUUGUGUGUUAGUUGUUAAUUGUAUAUGAAUAAUCUUGAUGAAUGUUUACAGUAUUUCGGUUUAUGACCGGCACACGGCUUGGUAAUAAAUAGAUGUUCUUUGAUGAUAAUGUCCGUGCACAGAGCAGGGCCGUGUUCGUAUAGCAGUGUAUGUUAUAAAUAUAUCCAAACACUUGUAGUCAUAAGGUGAAAGCAUGGAUUUAAAUAAUUAUAGAAGUAAUUCUCAUAUUCGAUGUUCUUGGUCGUUUCCUAUGUCUGUGUUAGAUGCGUAACGAUAGUUAUAAUAGUGUCUAGCGUGAGACGCAACCUAUUUGAUGUGUGCGCCACAUACUGUUGAGGGACACGACACGGCCCUUACCUACUAUAACACCUAUUUAUUUCUUAACAUAGUUAACGAGCACAGAUUCAGUAUUUUAUAUAAUUAAUUCACAAUGUGAUAGAGUACGUUCCUUAAUAUUGUGUAUAGCGUUUGGCUCAGAUUAAUAUGUUGUGGGGUAAAAUUACUACGGUUUUCAUACCGAUAUUUGAGGCGUGACGAGCAUUUUUCGGAAAGUAUAUAAUCGAGUGUUUGUUGUGUGGAAUGUUGACGCUCGAUAUCAGGUUAUGUGCUGGCAGAAUCCGGCCAAUAAGAGCUUUUCCUCUAAUUCGGCACCAGAACGGCAAUCUCGAAUCGCUGUGAGGUGCCUUCGUGCCGGUGGCGUUAAAUACGAUUGACUGCUCUGUUCGUCGCGUACAAUACGUAACACCCAUUAUUAUAUGGAUGUUUUAUAAGUCAUUAUAUUACCGUUGUCUCACUUAACUUAAUCAAAUCAAUGUAUCGAUUAUAUUGUCAUAAUAUAUGUUGAAUGUUGUUGAUCGAUGUACAACUAUUAUAUCUCGAUGUUGAAUGUUAAGUGGACUAAUAUUUGUUCCAAGAUAUCGAUAUUAAAUGUUUGAUCUAUUAGUACUCACCUACUUACCAGGCCAGUCACUCCCUUUGGUCACUGGGGCCGUCUUAUAGCUUCUCCUCGCUGAAGUAAGGGCUUCCUGUGUUGUCCAUGCAGUUGUAGUUAAAUCAGUAUAAAUUAUAUGCGUUGUUGAUAAGUCGAUGUUGUUAGUUCGCAUAAAGAUGUUAUGUGUCUCGGUACGGUGUGGAUGCCACAGACGUUGAUCUCGUUCCACUUAGCCUCGUGACACAUAAGCUCUUGAUGCAUCCUCAAAUAAUAUUAAAUGGUUAAAUGUCAGUUUGUAAGAUCUUCAAUCACUGGUGUAGUUCCUUCCUCUCCCCACUUGGGAUAGUAUUUAUGAAGAAACUUCAAUAGAACUCGAAUGUUUCUUCAAGACGGCUCUAAUAUUCACUUCUUGUUUCGCUAAUAUAAAUCAGCUUAAACGUAUUUACAUAUUUCAAAACUAACUGAAAUCUGAUAGGUAUCUCCCAGUAUACUGAAAAAGACUCACUCUAUUUCAAAUUAUACAAUAAUCUUAUUUUAAAAUUUUACUUGUAUUAUUUUAUGUUUCAAAUCAUGACAAGUUCAACGUUUUAAUAUUUCUGUGAAGCGGUUGCUGAGAAACAGCUGCAUUUCACGUCAAUAUUUUAACGUUAUUCUACGCAUUAUCGAACUGAUUAUUUGACUUUCAUUUUAAUUGUUGGCGACUAUUGUCACUUUCAAAUAAACUAUAAAUCUCAAGUAUUUUGAUAAAGUAAAUAUUAUAAUCAAUCGAUUUUAAACUUAAAAUUUUAAUCAAUGUUUUAAAAAUAAUUAUAUACCUAUAAUAACGUUAUAUUCUUCCUCUUGGAAUAAAAACAUAGCGGCGUUACUGCAGAUAAGAGUUCUUUAUUCCUAAAUGAAUACUUUAACGUAACACAUUAAUAGGUAAUUAUAUCUGACCUGCAAAUAAAGAGGAAACAAAUAAUGUUUUUACUCCAUAUUAAUUAUUUUACAAAAACGCUGUCUGACAUUUUGAAUGUCUGACCACUCAACGUAAAGAAACGACAUCUAAGUGAAGUCGUUUUCUUUUUGUACCUAUCAAGAAUUAUAUAGAAUUUUAACUACGUUUUAACAAAAUAUAUAACAGUUAUGACAUUGAAGAUUUAUGCCGAUUUGAAACAUAAUUUAUUCUUGAUUAAUAAACAUUGUUUGAACUGACGGUGUGCAAUAUUGUCAGGGGAUAAGCAGAGAAAUGUAACGAAGGAAUAUAAAAUGCUAAGUUAGACCUUUUCUGAGAUAUUAUGAUGAUGUUCCAACUUAAUAAAAUAUUCAUCAUUAUUUGUCUCGACUCUCGUUCAGCUUACAUACAUGACUUCACGCCUGUCUCCCAUGGGGGUUGGUAGAGACUAUGGAACGCCAAUUACUACGAUUCCUACAUACAUUCUUUCUGCUUGGGGGCUGCUAAAGAAAUGAUAAAGUUCAAACAAUGCCUAUUAGUUUUUCCGUUAUCAACAGUGUAUAUUAAGGUACGCUUCAUUUCAAAGCGAAUAAUACUUUUGUUGUAAAUUAUGUUGUUUUAAGUAUUUUUAAGUUUUAUGCAUUAAGUAUCAAUGUUUUUUAACCGAAUGGCGUGGAUGCGAGGUUCAUUACGUUUUGCACGGUAAUGUAAACACCCUAGAUUUAGUUUCGUUGAGACUGGUUUAAAGAGCAGUGCUCAUGUUUUAGAAAAGUGGGGCAUGCAGGUUAAAUGGAAUAAUACCAUUUCAUUAGUCUGCUGCACGUUUCGUUUGCUCAGUGCAGUCUACAAAGAGUAUUUUAAUGCAUACCUUUUAGCACUAAGCUCGGCCUACUGCCCAAUGUAAACGAGACGGACUAUGAGCCUCUCCAUCUAGCGCGAGGGUUUGGUAAAUAUUUUCCUAGGAUAGUGCGCUUAGACCAUUGUAAACUUCAAACGAAGUGAUCUCAGUCGAUAGUACUGAUAUUUUACGAAAUCAUAUUCCUACUGAUGCUUGUACUAUAGAAAUAUGAUCUCGUUUUUGAGGGAAUCGUAACGAAAAUUAAGGACUGAUUGUUUAUAAUUAGUUUUAAUUCGUUAAUUUGGUUACAUAUGCAAAUUUUAUUUAGGUACUACCAAUUCAAUGUCAUGCUCUUAGUGAUUACAAAAUCCUAUUGCAUUUAUUGGAUCUAUCAAUUUCAGUCAAUUACGAAAUGUAAUAGAACCUUAAUAAAUCACUACACAAA